UUACGUUGCACAGCGUGCAAUUGCCGUGGCGUGUACGUGUCCGCGGCAGCGAUUGUAGUGAACUCACAAAAACAAGGGAGAGCGAAUGCAAAGGGAGAUCUGUUGAGGCAGGACUGAACGGACUGAGAGAAAGAAACACUUCUGAUCAUCGCCCACAGACAAGGACACAGCAGCCAUUUUUAAUGACGGUCACCCACCAGACAACUCAUCCUGCACACAAUUCCGCAUUCGUCUCUGCUGCAGGGUCUUUGACUUCGACCAGUCUGCUGUACAUGGAGACCCCCAGUUGGGCAGAAACUAAGCUAGGUCUGUGCAAACCAGGAACCAUCCCUCUGUUUGGGAACGUGCUAUACAGUGGACUGUUCAACGACCACUUUUGGCAUUUUGGGCUCCCCCUUGUCACCAGACUGGGUAAUCAAGAAGCCCCAGCUCCCCCCGAAGCAAUGGCUCAACCUUUCCCAGCGGCCCAGUACCCUCCACCACCACAGAACGGGAUGCCCGCUGAGUAUGCCACAGCCCACACUCACCCGCCAACUGACUUUACAGGACCAAAUACGGUUGGCGAGCACGCCCUGACGCUGUACACGCCGACACAUACACAGAGUGAACAGCCCGUGAAUGAAAGCAACGUUUCGGCAUUAACGGCAAACACAGUAACGUUUUGCUUGCUUAAAGAUGGUUUCUCAGGGGAAGCUGUGUGGAGAGAAUGUUCUCCUCACCACAGUUACAAGCAGGUAGAUGACAUUCCACAGACGGAGGCUUCGCAGCAUCUUCACCUGCAGCCAAGCGACUCGUCGGAGAAACAGCAGCCCAAAAGAUUACACGUCUCCAACAUACCUUUCCGUUUUCGGGACCCUGAUCUUCGGCAAAUGUUUGGGCAAUUCGGCAAGAUUUUAGAUGUGGAGAUUAUCUUUAACGAGCGAGGCUCCAAGGGCUUUGGGUUUGUAACAUUUGAAACAACUGCAGAUGCUGAUCGUGCACGGGAGAAACUAAAUGGUACAAUCGUAGAGGGACGCAAAAUAGAGGUCAAUAAUGCCACCGCGAGAGUAAUGACCAACAAAAAAGUGGCAAAUCCGUACGCAAACGGCUGGAAGCUGAAUCCAGUGGUUGGAGCGGUGUACGGUCCUGAAUUUUAUGCAGUCACAGGGUUUCCGUACCCCACCACAGGAGCUGCGGUAGCUUACAGAGGGGCCCAUUUGAGAGGGAGGGGCCGGGCUGUCUACAACACGUUCCGCGCCGCGCCACCUCCACCUCCCAUACCGGCCUACGGAGCUGUCGUCUACCAGGAUGGAUUUUAUGGAGCGGAAAUAUAUGGCGGAUAUGCAGCUUACAGAUAUGCCCAACCAGCUGCUACUGCUGCAGCUGCAUAUAGUGACAGUUACGGCAGAGUCUAUGCAACAGCAGACCCGUAUCACCAUACGAUCGGUCCUGCAGCCACAUAUACCGUGGGAACUAUGUAAAUAGAACUAAGGUGAUGAGAACAGAUGGACAUCAAAAACUGAGGAGCAAAAUAUGGAAGCGGAUGGGCAUCAACAAAACAAAAAGUCUGUUACAGAAGCAAGGAAAACCAGGACGGACGAUAGUGAGCCUGCACUGAGGCCACGGCCGGAACCCAUGAGCCUAAGUAGUCUAUGACGGGGGGACGGAGCUGACUCUGACCCCUGAAGAAAAAAAAAAAAAAAGCUUUGCUGAGUGGAAGAGACCAACUAGGUCACCAUAAAACAUUUUAUUUUUGUAAAAAUUUUUUAUGUUUAUGAUUUACAAAAAAAGAACAAAGACUAAUGUAUGUAUACUAAAUAUUUGUGUAUAUAAUAUAUACCAUAUAUACAUAUGUAUAUACCGUAUAUAUGUGUGUAUAUACACGCACACACACACCUAUAAAUAUAUAUAGUAUAUAUAAUAGGUAUGUGUGUGUGUGUGUGUCCUCAUAAUUGAAAAAAAAAAAACAAGGGGUUGGAGUGAUCCUGCCCAUGAUGUCUUCUGAUUGUAACACACUCACAGCGACGAGCACCCUUUUUUCAUCGGGUUGAAGUCGAUGCACGUAUUUACGUGCGUCCCACAUGGGGUCGUAGCCGGUCGAGCAGACGUGUUCUAAAUCUCGAAGGAACGAAGGUGAGAAACCAGUGUCGUUGUCGUCUUAAAGCUUAGCUAUUCUGGCAUGUCUUUUAAUGUCAAAAAAAUGAGUGCCACUGCACUAGUCUGUAUGAAAUGAAAUAAGAAUCGGGCCUUAGGUCAAGGUUGAUACAGGUCAUGUCUGCUGCCGUCAUUACAACCAAACAUGUUACUGUAGUGUCGUGGUCGAGGUGGCUGUGCUGUGUAGUCGUGAUUUUUAAACAUUGUGCGGGGUUGGCUGGCUGGCCGGCCCAGAUGGGCACGGGAGCUACUUUGAAGCAUCAGACGGGGAGUGGGAGAGACACUUUAGGAUUUAAAAUAACGCUUACCGGUUGGUACUUCCGUGACGUUGGGCACCCCAUCAGAUGCAAAUUUAUAGAAAAAUUAGGUCAUUCAUUUGUGCUGGGUUUGUGCUGAAAAAAUUGUUCUGCUAUCGUUUUAUAGCUCACUUCCUAACUCGCAGCUUUUCCGUACCCAAUUCCCGUGGCUGACGGAGCGUACCAACUCUCUCAAAAACAGAAGGUUGUCCAAACAACUAUUAGGUAUUAACAAUUUUUUUAUAAUUCAAGCUGAGGUCAACAAGCCCCCCAUUUUGAUUAAAAAUGGUGUCAAUCGUUUGUGCUGUAAAAAUUUUCGUUUGUGCUAUCGUUUUUUAGGAUAUUCAUUUCAAGUGACGACGUCACGCAGCUCCCCAUUUACUGAAAAAUGGACCCGAAAUGGUGCCAUUCGUUUAUGCUACGUUCGUGCGUGUUUGUUCUGUAAAAACAUUCUUUUGUGCUGCAAUCGUUUUAUAGCUCACUUGCUAACUCGCAGCUUUUCCGUACCCAAUUCCAGUGGCUGACGGAGUGUACCAACUCUCUCAAUAACAGAAGGGUGUCCGACAACUACCGCAAACGUAGCACAAACAAAUGGCACCCCUUGUGCUGACUAGACUCGCACCCCCGCAUUUACAGCAAAAUGGAUCCGAAGGGUUGCCAUUCGUUUGUGCUACGUUUGCGCUAAUUGUUGUGACACCCCUCUGUUAUUGAGCGAGUUGGUGGGUUCCGUCAGCCGCGACGAAGGGUCUGCAAUGGCGUACUGCACGCAAUACGUAACUUCAUUAAUAUUCAUGAAGUUAGCAAUUGUUGCUUGUCGGGUCCAGCUAGUGUUUGUCCCAAUGCUAAAUGCAUGUAAAUAGUCUACGAAAGAGACGUUUACCAGCUAAACCUACCAAUUCUGUCCGAAAAUGAUGUCCCUGGUGCCAAAUUCACUGGUAGAACAUACAAAUGUUCAGUUAAAGAGAUGGCUUGAUUGUCGAGGGCUGAAAAAGACGGCUUUUUUAUCAACAAUUUUUUCUUGUGUGCAUUACCGUACGCCACUCACAAUGACAUUCUCCUGUUUCAGCAAUCUAUCCUUUACCACCCUAUGCCCUGUCUUUCUUAUAUAUUAUAUCUUCUGGUGGUCUCAGGUCUCUGACCAUUCUUGGGGGCAAUUUACAUUGGUAUUUUUGUGUAGGAUCGUAAAUGCUACCCAGUGACAGCCAACGAACACUUUUGAUUUUUUAAUUAAAACAAUUCUUAAUUCUAUAACUUAUUUACACUUCCCUCUUACUAAAGUUGUUUAUUACAACAGAAAAGGGAACAACAGUGGCAGUCAGAUACCAUUUUAAUUUUUUUCAGGUCAUUCAUUGUCAGACAGGAGCAGCACGGCAAAACGUUACGCUAAAAAAUAAGUAAAAAUAUCAAAAUGGCUUACCUCUUCAUCCUCUGCAGGACCAUGGCCCCCAACAAAAUGUUUACUUUAUAUGAAAUGUGAAUGGCUUCACCUUGCUCGCAUUAUACUGGUCUUUUGACGUCCACGCAAGUUGAUCCAUUCUUCACAUUUUUUCCUCGAAGUUUUUUGGCUUCGGGAAACGUAUGAAGAAAACAUCCUUCAUAUGUCGUAAUGUCUUGAUUUGUUUCUACAAGUUCCAUAGCGGCAGUGUUUGAUCGGCAUGUUCUUUUUUGAACAAUUACCAGGCAAAACAAGCAGAAAUAACAUGGAUUGUAUGCGAGGGCGUGUCUAUAAUGACCCACUUCCGCGUUACGAUGGCGAAGUCACAGCCUAAAAAUAGCAUUCGUUCGGUACGCUAUUCCAGUGGCUGAGGGAGCGUACCAACUCUCAAUAACAGAGGGGUGUCCCAACA